AAUCCAAAUGAUUCAGUAUCAGAUUAUUGGCUAACGUCAACUUUCGGGUUUAGGGGAGUAAAUGUGUUAGGAAAUGAAAACAGAAAGUCAGACAGUAUAGACAUUAUAGAUUCUUCCUAAAGAGCCCUGGUUACUGCCUCUUUCACUGUAGCUCAUUUCUGCACCGUAGAUUUGAUACGUUAUUUGAUCUAGGAUGAUGACGCCAUCCUCCUGCGACACGUUCGUGGCUUUACCUCCAUCCUCAGAGGGACAGCGCGUCAUCUUCGGCAAGAAUUCGGACAGACCCUGUGAUGAGGUGCAAGAAGUGGUGUACUUCCCCUCCAAAGACUACAGUCCAGGAGAAAAAGUCGAGUGCACAUACAUAGAGAUAGAGCAGGCUGCCCAUACUCAUGCUGUAGUGUUAAGCAGACCAGCAUGGCUCUGGGGAGCUGAAAUGGGAGCCAACGAACACCAGGUCUGCAUCGGAAAUGAGGCUGUGUGGGGGCGAGAAAGCACUGAUGCUGAGGAAGCUUUACUGGGCAUGGAUCUGGUGAGAUUGGCUCUGGAGAGAGCGGACAGUGCAGAGAAGGCUCUGAAUGUGAUAGUGGAGCUUCUGGAGAAAUACGGGCAGGGUGGCAACUGCAUGGAGGAUGAAUGCACUUUCACAUACCAUAACAGCUUCCUCAUAUGUGACCGCACUGAGGCCUGGGUGCUGGAGACCUCUGGAAAAUUCUGGGCUGCAGAGAGAGUAGAGAGUGGAUAUCGUAAUAUUUCUAAUCAGUACUCCAUCACCACAAAAAUCGACAAGGAGCACCCGGGCAUGCGGGAGUAUGCACGAGAGCAAGGCUGGUGGGACAGCAAUGUGGCAUUCAACUUUGCAGAGGUUUACUCCUUUUUGACUACAGCACGCAUAGAGGCCGCUGGGGGGCGCUACUGUGAGGGACGCAGACUGCUGGAGAAAAGCAAUGGUCACAUCACAGCUGAGGCCAUGAUGGAUAUACUGAGAGAUAAAGAGAGUGGUAUUAAUAUGGAAGGCAUGUUCAUGACAACAGGAAGCAUGGUAUCUGUCCUGCCUAAGAACCCGUCACUGCCUGGGGUUCACUACUUCACUGCAACCCCUGACCCUGAAAGGUCGAUUUUUAAGCCAUUUAUCUUUGUAGCAGACAUAAAGCCACUGAAUCAAACAUGUUCUCCAUGUUUUGGCGAGGACGAUCCAGUGAAGAAGAAACCUCGCUUUCAGAACAAACCCAACCGUAAACACCCCCUAUUCAGAAAACACGAGGUGGUGGCUGCUAUUAUUGACAGCACAAGGGAGAAAGGUCAGAGGAUCAUGCAGAACAUGCAAGAGCUGGAGAAGCAAAAAAUGGCAGAAAUGGAGAACUACUUAACUACAGGUGUGGAGGACUCGACUCUGCUGGUUCAUCUCUUCUCAAAUACAGUGGCGGAAGAGAUGAAGGUUUACAGCAAAGCCUGAAACAGCCUGGAGAGACUCUUAGAUCUUAUUAUAAUGUUAAAACAAUUAACAGUUGUGUUAACUGAAACAAAGUAGGAAAUAGUAGUUAACUGCAUGUUAUUCAAAUGUGCAUAGAUUGCACAUGAUUCACUAUAUAGCCAUUCCUUUCUGUGUGAAAUUACUCUGGUGAUACCAAUGUAGCAUGAUGACAAUUAAAUACAGGUAUAAAUAUCUCAAAAA